ACCUCACUCCUCUCCCUCGACUCCAUCGUACGAUUGCGUAACAGAAAAAAAAAAAGAGUUAGACACAUCAACGCAGCCAGAUGGUGACACGUGUUAACCUACAGCUGUAUCCCAAAACAUUCAAAACCGCUUGCGUGGAAGAAGCGGUGCCCAUGGGGCCAUGACUUUCUCCACCGACUCAGUCGGUUACCGGUUACGUUUCCCAUUUCUCUGUUAUAAAUACUUUUUCUUCCUCUCUUCAGUUAUUGAAAGAUCCUCUCUCGCCUGAUGCAAUGGCGGAUCGUGUGAAAGGUCCAUGGAGCCAAGAAGAAGACGAGCAGCUGAGGCUGAUGGUGGAGAAGUACGGACCGAGAAACUGGUCGGCGAUCAGCAAGUCCAUUCCAGGUCGAUCUGGUAAAUCUUGUCGAUUACGGUGGUGCAAUCAGCUAUCUCCGGAGGUUGAGCAUCGACCGUUCUCCGCGGAGGAAGACGAGACGAUUGUCUCCGCUCGCGCCAAGUUCGGUAACAAAUGGGCCACGAUCGCUCGUCUUCUCAACGGCCGCACGGACAACGCCGUGAAGAACCACUGGAACUCGACGCUCAAGCGGAAAUGUUCAGAUGGGAAUCCGACGGCGGAGGAGGAACAAGAUCCGGCGAAGAAGAGGAGAUCGAUGAGCUCUGAGUCCGUCCCUCCGGUGGACACUGGGUUGUACAUGAGCCCUGAGAGUCCCGCCGACGUUGGUAGCGACUCAAGCGCGGUUCCUCCUCAGCGUUUUAAACCAAUGACGUCUUCGUCGGAGGAGGAUCCGGCAACGACGUUGAGUCUGUCGCUGUCGGUUCCCGUAAGCCAGGAGUCGAGGAACACGGGUUCGAGCGACAACUCGUUGCCGUUUCCGAGGUUUGAGAGGCAGAUGAAGAUUAAUGUAGAGGAGAGAGGGGGGGAGGCGCGUAGAGCUGAGUUUAUGACGGUGGUGCAUGAGAUGGUUAAGGCGGAAGUGAGGAGUUACAUGGCGGAGAUGCAGAGAAACAACGCUGGUGGAUUCGUCGUCGGAGGUUUCUAUGAUAGUGGAAUCACACCUAAGGUUGAGUAGUUUUUUGGCACGUGUGAGAGAGAGAGUUAGGUGAUCGAAUCGGUUUGGGGAUUUGAAGAGCAAUUCAUUUUUGGGUUGUGGU